AUGGUACAACACGAAAUAAACUGGUACCAACCCAAUGCAUUAACGCCGCCGCCACCGCCACUACCAUUACAGGCCUUACAUUCCAAGUACGCCCCACAACAUCAACCAAACUGA